AUGGACCCAGAUUCAUUUCUCACGAUAAGGCAAGAAUUUUUUAUUUAUACAUUUCACUUUCUUGUUACUCGUAUCACACCGGAGCCAACCAGUGGAUGUGACAGUGUGGCCUGUUUGGAACGAAGCUACGUUGGCUCAGGAGAAACUGAUGUUCACACGGCUGCAGAUGUUAGAUCAAAGGAUAAAAACAAGCAAGGAACAACGAUAGCGGCAGUAGCAGCAAUGGCAGCCGCGACAACAACUUCAUCAAAUGAAGGUUCCUAUUUUGAGGAUCCGGAUGGCAUAUGCAUGCUUCCCACAUCUCUGGCGUCCCAAGUACAUAAGUGGAUCCGACCUCAUGAGUUCAUCAAAGAUAAGAUGCCAGUGGUUGUUGAUAGUUCCGGUCUGGACCACUUUGAUUUGACCUCAAUGUCCACCAGGGUACACAUGAGUGAGUUGAUGAGGUUCAUAAUAGCAGAAGUAACCACCUUGUCCUACCUGCAAGAUCAGUCAACUGCACUCCAUGCAGCACAACCUGCUCUUCAAUCAAACUCCAACACAAACCUCAAAAAAACUUUGAUGCCAAAAAAUAAACAAAAAAAUAAGAAUAAAAGUAAUAAAAACACAAACGACAGCAAUGACGCUAGUGAAAACGUCGACAGCGACGCUGAUAACAACAACUACAGUAAGAAAAACGAAAUGAGUUUCAACAGCGUGGAGGACGAGGUGGACGAUUACGACGACGACAACAAAGACGCCCAGUUUAAUAACAGCAGCAACAACAACAACAACUUCAACAACAGCAGUCAGAUUUGGAGGCCUUGGAACCACAUAUAUUCAUCGCCAGGAGUCGCACCACAGGCAGCUACAAAAGGUGGCAAACAGACGGCAGUCACUCCGAUGGUCGGUGGACCCGGAGGUGUUUGGACCUCCGCGAGUAUCCCAUCCUACAACAAAUAUGGAAAGUACUGCAUCAAACUUUACUGGAUGGGUAACUGGCGCAAGAUAACAAUUGAUGAUCUGCUGCCUGUUGACGCAAACUGCAACCUGCUUCUUCCAUCGACCAUGCUACAACAUGAGUUGUGGCCCAUGUUGCUCUCCAAGGCUCUCGUCAAAAUUGCCGCCCUCGACUACCCAGCCACCAUAAGAGAAUGGGAGUUUGGAGAUUUCAGCGUGGUUCAGUGCCUCACCGGCUGGCUGCCCGAACUCCUCCCGAUCAGAAGUUCCAAUUUAAACGAAGUAUGGAGUAUGUUGAAAAAAGAAUUGGAUGAAUUCAAAUUGCCGCCAUCAGCUGAAGAAGUAGCUGCGGCUGAGGCUGCGCUUGCUACUGCUACUGCGGCUGUUGAGUCACUGCCCGCAAAUGAUUCUCCAGAAAAAAACAGAAGCAAAUCUAAAAUGGACAAGACGAGAAGUACGGCCAAAGUUCGUAAUUUUUUUAUAGUAAGCAAUAUUGCAGCAGCUGUUUCUCAGUUUCAUAUUAUGCUAACCAUUUGUGACCUCAAUGUUAGAAUGGCAGUGAUUGUAUAUGAUUUAUGGAUGCCUGAAAUUAAAAAAUUUUUUGAAGUGGUAGUGGAAGAGAAGAAGUCCGACCUGCCACCUGCAAAACCGGAAGUUAUCGUGAUGGGUCUGUACCAGGGUACUGCUAAACCCCUUUUUACUAAAUCUGAAAAAAACGAACUGCAAGACAAAUACUUCUUGUUAUCCGAGUACGGCCUGGUUCCUGAUCUGUCACAUCCUCUCCUCCUCACUCAGACUAGGUCAGUCCCUCUGGAACCUCCCCCUGCCAUCCAAUCCAUUCCGGCCUGGAAGAUGCUGAGACCGAGGUACGAGGACUGCGAAGCGAAUGACAAACCAAUUCAAUGUGUGAGGAUUUCUUCCGCGUUCGUGAACAAUGAGACCGAGUAUGCCGCUCUUAAUCAGCAGAUGAAGCAGACGCUGGAGAAGGCGCUGGUCUCAAAUGUAACCAGUGUGGCAACCACACCGACGAACACUUCGGCUGCUGAUAUUUCAGAAAACAAAGGGCCCCAACUCUUAAAAAAAUUCUCCCCCGGGUCGAAAAAAUUUGCAAUUCAAGUACAUAUGAGGCUCUUCAGAGGUAAAAUCGUUCUCAAUGCCGCCCUCACGCAAGAAGAGAAAUCCAGCAGGUCUCCAUCUCCAAGCAAGGACCGGAAGAAAUCGUUGGCCGGUGUUAAAAGUUCUCGGAGUAGGCAAGAUUUAAAAAAGAAGACAAAGAAAGGAGAUGAAGAGACAGGCGCAGCAACAGAUGUUCCUCAACUUCCCAAACUGCCCACCACCCGGUCUUUCUGGAUGGAUUUCGACGUUUUUGCCAGAUGUUUCAAGUUUGUUAAAGUAUAUCACAAACCUGAAACGUACCCUUUCAGUGAGAAGUUGACAGAUGAACACAUGUCGACUGCAAUGUCUAAAUCAGGGACCAGCGUGCCGUCGUCCGUACCAAACAAUACACUCUCCGUGCAGAACAAAUCCGAAAAAAGCAAGGUCCCACGGCCUCCAUCGCAAGAUGCAGACUCUCCACCGACUAUAUGCAAUCCAAAAUAUCUGUAUGUGGACUUGAAUGAGCAGGCCAACGUAAUCAUCAACUUCACGUGUUUCAGUCAGUGGAUCUAUCCGCUACCCUCCCUAUCCGCACACUUUCCAAUGAGAAAUUCGUCAGCCUCGGACAGCAACAGAGCUGCCGUUGCAUCGGCUGAGAAGCAUAGAAGGUCUGCGUGUGGCUCGGUCGUCAACGAGUUGGGAGGGAUGGUGGUGACUGGUGGGCAUUUCGAUGCUAAUGAAGGAUUCUUCAGAGGGGAGCAUCAAUCAGCUGAUGAGCAAGCCACUCAUGACAUCACUGCUGACGUCAUAGGUCAUCGUGGAAACGGAGAUGGAGUCGAUAACAGAACUGAUAAACACGAAGAAAGGAAAACAAUUAGUGGAAAAUCUGAGGUGCGUCAGAAGGUGCGGACGAACGUUCCACACAGCGACAUGGUGUUCAUGGUUGACGACGUGGAUGGCGAUGGCGGCGUCUACAUCGCCAAUGACUGCGACAAUGAUGAAAUCAUGCCAGAAGAAUGUUGCGUUGAUCACGAAGCGAGCAAGUUGCGUGCAGGCGUGCUGAACAUCUACAAGUACACAUGGAGAGACGUCGUUGCUGACUGUCCAAUCAUGAAGAUUAAAACAACCGGCAGCUUCUCGAAUGUUCUUGCACUGCAACCAGGCCGGCAAGUGUUACAACUCCACAUGUCCUCGCCUCACAUCUGGCACGUUCACACUUGCUCAAACAUCAGCCUAUCACUGUUGGACGAGCACGAAGCUAUCAGCAAACUUAUGGAAGACAGUCUGACAUUGAAAGCAUAUGCAGCCGGCACGAUGAAAUGCAUGUCAGAAAUGUUUCUCAAUUUCGGAGGCUAUGAGAAGUAUCAAGUCUCUUUCAAUCACUUCAUCUUCAAGGUGCUCCUCUGCAGGGCUGAUCUCUCCCUCUCCUACAAAAGACAGGAUCAGUCCUUCAAGGAAGCCUUCUAUAUGGCCAUGAAAGACUGCGACCGCCAGCAAAAACUUUCGGAACAACAACUACAACAAUUAAAACCUUCAGAGCAACAACAAAAACCACAGCAACAGCAACAUCAGCAGCAGCAGCAACAGCCACCAACAACAACACAAUCUGAACUGGUUCAUUUCAUCAGUCGCGAAAUGAAUUAUGCAUUGAGGGUUCUCUUUUUUGACGUCAUAACUCCAAAUCCGCUUGGGGUGGAAUAUGAAUGCAACACCAUUCUGUCAUCUGGCGAUCAAACUGCGAAACAAAGCGCACAAUCGAAUGAAAAGGGACAGACGACUCCAAACUCGAAAAAGGCGCAGAAUAAAAAAAAUCUUCAGGCAUCAAGCUCAACUGAACAGAAAAGUAUGGAGGAGAAAUUGAAACUGAACCGCUGGACCAACAGGGAGCCAACCUUGGCAGAGCACCAGGCAGCCACGAAGGUUCAACAACAUUGGAGAGGACAUUUCUUCAGGAAGAUCGUCAACUUUAGAGCCAUGCCACUCAUAACCAUCACCGGUUUGAAGCAAAAGAAACAUUACGAAUCCGUCAAACAGAUGGCCAUGAAACUUUCGACGUUUCUCAGAAACAACUCUCUACCUUUUGGGCUUUGCUUUUUUAAACAUUUGUUCAAGUUGUACCCUGACUGGUUGAUGAGCUUUCCAUUCUGCGUCGAUGAAGUUGAUAAGGUGGUGGUGCAGGAGUAUGAGGGGGUGGCAGGAGAUGAGGAGGAUGAAGAUGAUGUGGAAGGGUGGAGGGACAUCUUCCACGCUCCGACUGACAACAUGAUAUUCCUCCCCAAGUUAUUCGUUACCCCAUCCUCGGCCCCACCCUCCUCCCAAACUCCUCCCAAUCCCGUCAUCAGAGUCAGAGUCAUCAACAACGACACCAAUUGCGAAAUGCCGAAACUUCUUGGUGAUGUUGCCGCUCAGCGUUACUUCAAAAACAAGUUGGCCACAACGUUGUUCGCUAGACCAGGUCUCUUCUACAACGACUUGAAUACUGCAAUCUUUUGGGAACUGGGUAACGUUGAUGUUUGUAAACAUUUACUGACCAGGUUUAAUAAAAAUGGCAGAAGCGUAUCAACAAAUUCCACCAAGAAAAAUGUUGGAAUAGGGCCGAGGCAGCAUGUUAUACUUGAAGAAAACAAAAUGAUUGUCUUUAAAUCGGCCUUGGAAUUUGGCUACACAAUCGUGGGAGAAACGUGCAAAUGUUUGAAGAAAAAUAAAUGGAAACUGAAAUUAAUUGGCUCGCCUGCUACUGGAAUAUUGGAAAAGCCCAAUGAGGACGAUAUCAAGAAGCAAUUUGAUGUUCAUGAAAUCAUUCAGUAUCACUGUCCAGUUAAGAAAUUUGUUUUCAGGUACAAGUUGACUGUAACACAGAACCAAGUUAUAAGCUUCAGUUUCAAAGCAUCGAAUCCAUGCGCGUUGGUUGAGUUGCGAAUAUUCGACGACGAUUGUCUCAAGUGGAGCUCGCAUGCGCUUGGCAGCAUUGUCGUCCCUGCCUUCCAUUUCCUCGCCGAAGAACCACCAACAAUCUUUCAGACUGUUCUGCCCACACGUCAUCCCACAACAUCUGUUGCAGAGGCUGCUGAUGGAAAAGAAGCUGAUGAUGCUGCUGAUGAUGAUGAAGGCGGUGGGGCUGAAGUUCAGAAUGUUGCAACUGAGAAGAACGACACUCAUCCACCCAAUAAAGAUCAGAAUGACAAUUCUCCAAACACAAACAAAAGCAACAAAGAUGGAAGAGAUGAUGGUGAUGACGUCAGGAAAGUUGAUGACGACAAACAGCUGACGACAAUGUUGAAGGAUUUUGGAGAGGCAGUGGAGGAUUUUUCAUUCCUGUACCCGAUGCCCGUUUGCAACUUUAAAAAUGCACACAAGGAAAAAUUGUUCACGUCAAAAUCCACUAUACACAAAAUUAUAGUCACACAAUUUUUUCUCGAUAUAGUUUUAAAAAAACGCCAUCUAUAUCGUGUUGAAGCAAAAGUGAGGAAUGACUCGUGGCCGCUGAACAGACCGCAGUGGAAGUUUGUGGUGGCCUACAACGAGCAGGAGAGGAAGAAAGAAAUUGCAGCUGUCACUCCAAAGAGUACCGUUGAAAUUAAUGGCCAGCAAAGAAAAUCACAGCAGGAAAGAUCACCCACAAGAACGCAUUCAACCUCCAAACUCAACAAAUCAGCAGGUAAGUCCUCGAAGGUGUCGGCGUCUUCAUCUUCCGCCUCCUCCCUGGCUAGCAACGACUCCAAACUCAUCAAGGAGAAACUCGAUCUCACUAAACCACACUGGGUGCUCAAACUUUUCAAAGAUAAAGAUUUACCUUCCGACUCGGUCCAUUUUGUGAAGAACUCGGAUGAUGAAGAUCGAUUGAAAGAAUGGAAAGAUUCGUGGGAACUGCGUGAUCCAGGAAGGAAGGCCAGGGCUCAGCAGUCGAGAAGGGACUAUCUCUGCACUCAUUUAGCCAAGCGUGAGACUGAGGAGGAGCGCGCGAAAUGUUACAGCAACGUGUGCGACGAAGACUUCACAGUUCCGACAAUGGCGGGAAUCAUCUCCCAAGUGAACAAGAUGUCGGGCGCAGGUGACGAUGAGUACAGCAUGGAACCGCCCGAUGUGCAGCAGACCACGGCUGAUUAUGUGCCUCAAAUGGAUCUCAAACCCUUCAUGAGAAAAAUUGGAGAAGAUGUGAAGAUUCUCGACGAUCAGACGUUGAAUGAUCAAAUUUGUGACAUUCACAUGCAGUGCCUCCAGUUUAAUAAGUACCAAGAGUGCAUUGAGUACUGGAGAGAUCAUGAAAAGUUGAGAAGAGGAGAGCUUGUUAAAAAUAUCGAAGAUUUCUACGCAAAUAUGCAAAAAAAACUUGAAGAAUCUUUUAAACUGUCGACCGUUGCAAGGAAUAAUUACCGCGAAAAGCAGUUGGAAGCAGAAAGAAUUAAAAAGGAAGAAGAAGAAAAGAAAGCAGUAGUCGUGCCAGAAGUGGAAAGUAAGAAGUCUGUGAAAAAGAAAGAGAGCAGGAUGUCCAGAAUGAAGCGCUGAUUAUUUAGUCAUUUAUAUUGAAUGAUGGUAGUCAUCGCUGAUUGAAAUGAUUGGUUGCCGUCACAUCGCCGUUAAAUCUAAAUUGAAUUUAGAAAAAAAAAAAUAUUUGGAAAUAAAGUUUUAUUUCUCAACGUUUUGAUUUUAAUAGAAUUAAUUAAAAAAUAAUGUGGAAUGAAAUUUUGUUUACAUAUUAAUUACUUUUAGAUUUCAAUGUAUGGUAUCGUUUGAUUCCUGGUUAUAUUUAGCUCAAACAUUAAUUUUACAAAACAAUUCAAUACUGAAAUUUUUUUUCCAUUAUUUUCUUAUUAUAAUUAUUUUCAAUAUUCAAGAUUAUUUGUAAAUGUUUUAAUUGUUUCAUUUAUUUACGAAAUUAAAUUAUUUAUUUAUUAUCGAUUGAAAUUAACUUUUGUUGGAUAUAACAAAAAUUUUAAGGUUCAAAAGUUUUUGCCGACUUUUAAAAAUAUCUAAAUUAAAUAUUCAAGUUUUUGCGUUUGGUCUUCCAUCUCCUUUAUUAUGUGAAAAACAAUAGUCAUUAGCAUUUCGUGCUUGUUGAAUGAUUAAGAACGAAACUAACUGAACACGGCUAAGCCCAACAAUUUUUAUACCAACGUAAUUUUUCAUCAACAUAAUUUUUUCGAACGAUGCUAUUGACGUGAUUUGUGAUAAUUUUAUUCUUGGAAAUAUGAUCCAUUUGUACGUUUCGCUCAACGAUUCCAUUCAUUUCCCAAAGUUGUUCUUCUUUAUUCAUUCAUCUUUCGCCAUUCGUUUCGUUUGUAGUAAUCUGUAAUGAAAUAUUAGGUCGUAUAUAUUCUAAAGUAAUUUGUUUUUCCUAAAAUAAUCCUCCUCUGUUUUUUAACAUUUGUUUCAUGUUUUUCAACAGUUAUAUUG